AUGAUGAUCAUUGCAGCAUCGGAAACUACCAAAACUGCAGUCACGUCCACCGUCACUGCCACUGCUCCUGCUGCAAUCACCACCACACCUACGAUGAAGGUAGUGAAACCCGCGACAAGAAAAUUUGUUGGGGUUCGACAGAGGCCAUCGGGACGAUGGGUGGCUGAAAUCAAAGAUUCUUCCCAGAAGGUGAGGUUGUGGCUUGGUACUUAUGAUAGCCCUGAAGAAGCAGCUCGAGCAUAUGAUGAAGCGGCUCGGGCUUUGAGAGGUGAAAACGCUAGAACCAACUUUGCACCGAUGGUAAAUUCGAACCCUUGUCAAAUCAACUCGAUAUCUGGUUCGUUAUCUGAAUCAGAAUCAAGACGUUCACUUAGCUUUUCUUCGUUGAAAGCAAGGCUAAGCAAAAACUUACAAAGCAUCAUGGCACGAACAACUGAAAAUAAGUCGUCACCGAAAAGCAGGGUGAGUGAUCAUUUCACUUUUGCAAGUAUAUUCAACUUCAAGGGAAACUAUCAGUACCAGAACAACGUUGUAGGUGACUUCGACAAAGUGGUGCAACCUAGCGUGAUUGUGCCACCACAAACAAUGGCAAAUCACGAUGUUGCCACAACGUAUAACUCAUCUUGGGAGAGCUCAAGCGUGUCUGACUGUAGCAAUGAAUUGGCGAGUUUCAACACUACACAUUACGGAUUGGACUCAGAUGGCUCAGAUAUUGGUGAAGGUAGUUAUUUUGGAGACCAGAUGAUCAGUGGGUGGAUCAGUAGUCCAGACAUCAGUGAUGGUGGCUCAAGGAGUAAAAGGUUUAAGGUUUCUUCAUCGGUCUUUGUUCCUCCAAAGUUCAGUGAUAAUGACUUUGCUUUUCCGUGGUAA